UGUGCCAUGUGGCGUUCAAUUUUUAAACAAAAUCCAUUACAUAAUUUUGAAAAUUUAACCAAAUUUACGAGUACUACAUUAAAGUGUUGUACAAAAGGAAUGGCAAAUAGUAGGUUUGAAUACGUGAAAACCUUUGAACAGUCGGAUUCUCUAUUGAAAAACUGUUGGAUUGUAAUAAGAGUCGAUGGUAAGGGGUUUCACAAGUUUUGUACAGCGCAUAACUUCAGGAAGCCAAAUGACAAGCGAGGCUUGAAUCUGAUGAGCCUAGCGGCGGUACACGUAAUGCAAGAGUUCAACGAAAUCGUUAUUGCCUACGGACAAAGCGACGAAUACUCUUUUGUAUUUAAAAGGGACAGUUCAAUCUACGGUAGACGAAGAGAUAAAUUAAUUAGUUAUGUUGCCAGUUUGUUUACAUCGGCAUAUAUUUUCAACUGGCAGUAUAUAUUCGAAGAUACCGUACCGCUUAAAUAUCCACCCGUUUUCGAUGCCCGUGCCGUACUGUAUCCUACAGAUGUCAACCUUCGGGAUUACCUUAGUUGGCGCCAGGCGGAUGUCCAUAUUAACAAUCUAUACAACACUAGUUUCUGGAAUCUCGUUGCUUCUGGAUUGACGAACAACGAUGCGGAAAAACGGCUCAGUGGUACACUGUCUAGUGAUAAGAACGAAAUUCUGUUUAAAGAAUUCAACAUUAACUAUAACAAUGAACCCAUAAUGUUUCGUAAAGGAACUACGCUUCUCAGGAAGAAAGUUAAAUUGACUGAUGGCAAGUCACUUUCAUUGACUGUACCCAUAUUCGAUGACAUGAUUGUUGAUAAAUUCUGGGAAAUCCAUCCAGAAUUGUUGGAUAGUAAGUUAAAUGAUACAGAUCCACUCGACAUUGGUGAUAACAUCAACCACAUACUUCUUCAAUACCAAAUAGAAAAACAUAACAAGAGAAAAGAAGGACCGGAAAGAAAAUAAGAAUAAUAAAGUAUUAUACCGAGAUGUUCAAAGCUCUUAACAUAAUUCAAAUUUUAUCUCGGCGGGUGGUUCUUUUCAAACAAAAUUAAUAAAC